CGACAAAUGCUUUAUCGAGGUUGGAUAAUGGACCGGUGCUCGCAGCAGUAACCAGACCAGUGGUGUGCUUUUGGGAUGAGGUUCGUCGGGCGUUGGAGACCAGUCCUUACUUGUUGGAGUGCAAGAACCGCGCCAUGAGCCAGGACCCAGGCGAGUAUACCCUGCGCCAUGGCCUUGUAUUUUUGUGUGGUCGAGUGGUGCUACCAGCCCAGCCUACUUUGACGACUACUGUGAUGAGGGAGUUUCAUGAUUGACCGGUUGGAGGCCAUUCGGGGCACGAGCGGACAUUGAGGAAGAUCAAGGCCCAGUUUUAUUGGUCGCAGAUGGAUCCAGAGGUGAAAGCCUAUGUCGCCUCCUGUGACACCUGCUAGCGUGUUAAGGCCUUAUUUCUGCGAUCUGCUGGUUUAUUGCAGCCAUCGCCGGUAUCGAAAAGGGUGUGGGAGGACAUCAGUAUGGACAUCAUUGUGAGGUUACCACCCUCAGGGGGCAAGACAGUUCUGUUGGUAGUGGUGGACAGGUUGAUGAAGUACGCACACUUCAUGGCGCUCUCGCAUCCGUACACGGCCAGGACCGUAUCCGAGCAGUUCGUGCAGGGAGUAAUCCACCACCAUGGGUUUCCACGCUCCAUUUUCAGUGACUGGGAUGCUCUAUUUCUGGGGAAAUUGUGGAAGGAGGUGUUCGCCCUCGCCCAGACUGAAUUGAGGAUGAGUUCAGGAUAUCACCCGCAGUUAGACGGACAGACUGAGGUCGUCAACAAACAUCUGGAGCAGUACUUGAGGUGCUUUGCUCAUCAGCAGCCGCGGAGUUGGUUGGCAAUGCUUCCUUGGGAGGAGUUAUGGUACACCACCACUUAUAAUCGCUCCAUUCAGAUGACCCCGUUUGAGGCUCUGUACGGGUGUGCACCGCCGACCCUUGUGCGUUACCAGUCAGGCUCGAGCUCGGUGGACGCCGUCGAUCGCUGGCUCGCCGUAAGAGACGAGGUUCUGGAGUAGUUGAAGGCCAACUGUGCGGCUGCCAGCAACCGCACGAAGGAGGAAGUCGAUUCGGGCCGGCGGGAGGAGGAGUUUGCUGUGGGCGAUUGGGUUCUGCUCCGCCUUCACCCAUAUUGCCAGUCGUCUGUGUUCAGACGAGCCUACCAGAAGCUGGCGACUCGCUACUUUGGACCUUACCAGGUGCUGGAACUAGUGGGAUGUGUGGCAUAUCGCCUAGAACUUUCAACUACUGCUCGUAUCCACCCGACCUUCCAUGUUUCCUUGCUCCGCAGGUACCGAGGAAGUUCGCGGCCGGAACACCCACCAGUACCAUAGGUUGACGAGGAUGGGAGCCUGGAGUUCGAGCCGGAAGAGGUAAUGGAGACGCGAUGGGAGAGACAGGGGAAUAGACUGGUCGAGCAAAGCUUAAUCCGCUGGCAGCAUUUGGGACCCGAGGAAGCUACAUGGGAGGAUACGGAGACGAUUCGACAGAACUACCCAGUGUUCGACCUUGAGGGCAAGGUCAGUCUCUAGAGGGGGAGAUUGUAGGAAACACGUGACCGUGUUCCUAGAUGGGGAGGGCUCGACCCUAGUAUGUAAGUGGAAGGGUUCGGUUAGUUGUUUGGUUGAUUGUUUGGUUAUUUUGUAACUCCUAUUUAAGGGAUAACCGUCUUAUUUUGAGGAUGAAGCAGAAAGUACAUUAAAUCCCUAAAUCCCUUUCUCUUUACUUCCCUCAAUUCUUCUCACGUUCUUCCCCAAAUUCCUUCUAAAUUCUAAUCCCUAACCCUAAAUUCUCUUCUCAAUCUAUCCCAAUUCUCAAUCGUGAACUUAGUUCCUUCAUAAACUCAUCCGGUGCUUUUUUUCUGCCAACAACCACACAUACUGAAAAAUUAAUAAACUAUUAUAGUCACUCACAUCCAGAAAUCUCGGGGAGUUAAGAAACAUUUGAUGAACAUGCAACCAAGAGAAAAAGAUCUCAGCACCAUAGUAUUACAGCUAGCAAGAAUACCUUCUCUUAUAGAACAUUUUUCACGAACGUGCCUUUCUCGCUUGUUGGCAAAGAAGUAGGCCAACCAAUAUGCAAGAAGAUGUAGAAACUCUGUACAACCCCAACCACCUAAAUGGUAUUAAUAACGUCGAACACAAGAGGGAUGGUGAACUUACCCGGUUAAAAUACAAGAGCACCAUUCUUUCCUCAUCACCGGCACUCUUCCUGGGAACAGUGAAGAGCCAUAAUUCUGCGACGUAAGAUAGUUAAUUUAAACAAUGGCAACAACAAAAAGACAUGCAUUCUACCAAUAUAAAUUCAUACAAACACUUGAUUUGGCAACAUCUAGAUCAUAAACUAUUCUCUAAAUGCGAAUAGAGCAUAAAGGUUUGUAUCAUCAUGACAUCAGGCAUGUGAUUAACUAAUAAAUUUAACGAGGAGAUUUCAGGAAACUGCAUAUACAAUGAAAAUGAAUGAAGCCAGACCUUAAAAGGUCCAUGUAGACAACUUAAUUAUACUCCUAACAGAGUUUUUUGUUAGGAGAUACUGAUAGGGUCGGAUGGGCAGUCACGUCAACAAGCCACGAUCCAUCGGUGGAGGAAGAUUGGCGCCAGCAUGUGAGGGAGCCGAGUCCAUCAGCUGGCCCAAGCCUACAGGAAAAGAAAAUGGGGCCGCCAGACCCCCAAAUUCAAAAAACACCACUUUUUUUUUUACUCAAAACCCUCCCCUCUCUGAUCUUUCUCCACCAUACACGUUUCCCCCCCCCCCCUCUCUCUCUCUCUCUCCAAAAAUCAAUCAUUUCUACUCCCUCUCCUCUCCCUUUCCCUUUCCUCUCCCGACGACGGUGGCCAGGUUGGUUUGACGGCGGCGACGGUGCAGACGAAGCGGCAGCGACGAAGGGGUUGGUUGACGACGGUCGUUGAAGAAAGAACUACUUCGUUGAAUGAGGUAGCCGAGUUUUUUCCCCCCUUUGUUCAUGGAUACUCAUGUUCGUUUGAGUAGAUUGAGUUAGUGCUGCACGGCUUCGACUAGAUCUGUGUUUUUCUUUUCCUACGUUUUUUGGAUGAGUUUGAUGGAUUUGUUUUCUAGUAACUUAGAGGUCGUUUGCUUGUGGGAUUUUGAAAAAGGAAGGAUUUUAGUAAAACCUUGGAUUUUGGAAUUGAAGGAUUAUGUUGGAUUUUGCUAUGUUGGAUUUGUGUUGGAUUUUAAAAAUUGCAUGUUUGCUUGUUGGAUUUCAGAAUGGACUUUACUAUCUUGGAUUUAUGGGUUAAAUGAUGAGUUUACCUUUUUAUCCUUAGUCCUAUCAUCAUAAAGUAGUUUUCUUUUUUUUGUUAAGGAUACUUUGGUCAUUCAGAGUUAGUGGGGUCCACGGAUUUUGACACUUCUCAAAAUCUUACCUCAUGAGGUGGGAUUUUAUAAUCCGUGGGGUCCACGGAUUUUGAGCAAAAGAAAAUCUCACAUUUGUGGGCUCCACGGAUUUAGGCCAACUUCAUUUUUAUCAACAAACAUGGAUUUGGACCAUAAUCCAACAGAUUUUGAGGCAAAAUCUCUCAUCAAAAUCCUACAAGCAAAUGACCUCUUAGAUUUGACUGGAUCUGGGUUGCUUUCUUUUGUGGAUUUUGACUGGAUCUGGGUUGCUUUGUUUUCUGGAUUUUGUGGAUAUGUUUUGUGUGAAUUUCGAUAUUAGUUCUGUUCAGGCAGGAUAUCAGUUUUCAAUUACUUGGAUAGUUGUGUGGCUGAGAUCUGGGAUUCGAUUUGUAGAUCUGGAAUAUUAGUUCCUUUCAUAGUGGAUAACAAUUAUCAUGCUUGGGAUACUACUUUUUGAUGAUGUGGAUAUUGUUCUGUAAUUGAUCGUUCGGAUAUUAGUUACUUUAUGUCUGGAUAUUUGUUUACUCUGUCUUGAUAUUUCUCUUCCCUAUAUGGAUGUUAGUUCACUUAUAUUAGUUUUGUGCGGUUGAGAUAUCUGUUAUAUUAUGUCUGAAUACUUAUUUGUUUGUAUCUGGAUAUUACUUCUAUGAUGUUAGUUCUGUGUUUUCAGAUAUUAAAAAUAUUAUUCCUGGAUAUUUGUCCUCCAUGUUUGGAUAUUUGUCUGCUCUUUAUUGGAUAUUUUUCUAUGUUUAUCCGAUAUUUGUAUGUGCUUCAGGGAUUUUGCAUAAUGGAAGACAAGGAGCACUCAUUGCAGAUAAUCUCUUACUCUAGCACUACAAUGCCCAUGUAGUUGGGAUUAGACUUGGGGUAUUUGUAAUUUAAUUUGUUGAUGAUGUGGAUUCUUGUAUGCAAUUGGUUGUUUAGAUAUUAAUUAUGAAAUGCAUUGAUAUUUUUUUCCUCAAUCGGGAUAUUACUUUGCCAUGUAUAGAUAUUAGUUCCCUGAUAUUUGUUCUGUGAGGUCAAGAUAUUUGUUAAAUGAUUUCUUCGAUAUUGCUCUAUUUGGAAUGUUAUAAUUGUCAUGCUUAAUGGCUUUAAAUACUAGUUGUAUUGAGUGUUGACAAUAGUUUUGCAUACUUGAAAACUAGUGUUUUGUUCUGGAAUACAUUUUGUGAUUUGGGGAUGCUAAAUACUAGCUCAUUUCAACAAUGAUACAAAUUAAGUUGAUAAAUAUCCACACGAAACAAAUAUCCAAACAACACAAACUAAUGUCUAACAAUCACAUACUAAUAUCCAUUCAUACAAAACAAAUAUUCAAACCACAC